UUCGGUUGGUACGUUGGUACCAUUCCCUCGAGAAUUCGCGCGAUAUUUAGGAAGAACUGGAGUUUUGUAAAGCAGUUGCUGCUCAAAAUUAAUACCAUGGAUAAAAUCUGUCGCAGCCAAUUGCCGGAUUCAUCAUCAUCUCCUCCGCUAAGUGGGCUGAAUUUCCAUAGCUUUGACGAGGAUCUUAUCUCGGAUUUACCGUCAUGUGUUUAUGCUAAUCAUCAACUGGGACCCGCCACGGCGACAAAUCCAGGUUCAGCAAAUCUCAGACUAAAUACAAACAGUCUCAGACAGAUCCAGCAUCAGUAUUUGCAUCACACGGAUUGUUUGGAUUCGCCCAACUCUGUAAGUCCAUCGCUGUCCAAUUCUAUGAACCAUCCUUAUAAUGCUGCUCCAUAUAAAAUACAACGUCAGCAAACCAACGUCAGAGAACGUAAACGAGUCAUGAGAUCUGCCCCCAACGGCAGCAUAAACUCAGCUUUUGACGAACUUCGCGUACAUGUGCCAACAUUUCCGUAUGAGAAACGUUUGAGCAAAAUUGAUACUUUACGAUUGGCGAUCGCGUACAUUGCUCUGCUGCGGGAAGUACUUGACGCGGACUACGAUCCACUAACAUACGUUGAGAAGUGUCUACGUGGUGAGAUCAAAGCCGACAGAGCGAGCUGGAAUACUAGUGAUUUGACAGCGCGGCUAUCGUGGAUCAAUUGGGAGAACCUUGGAGUACACCCUGGAAGGCGCACCAUUUUGACAUCCCUUGCUCUUGGGUCAACCGAUAGUCUUGGGUGCGGACCACCGCCGCAUCUCAUCUAGGCUAAAUUAAAUUGAUUUUCCUGUCACAAGAAUUGUCUGUUCCGUCUUCCAACAUUUACUAGUCAUUCAGUUGUGAUAUUAGUUUAAUAAUAAGAAGUGUAAGUGAAGCUUUUAUUUAUGACUUAAAAUUUUAUCUUCUGUAUUUAUUUGGCCAAACUAGGGAUAUUACACAACGCGUCCUUUUUUAAAUAAAAGAAAUUACAUUAAAA